AGAGCUUCUUCCUUGGGGGUAACAGUAAGCAGCUGCCCUGCGGAGCUGAGCUGAGCUCGCAGCUGGGGACCCUGUCUGCGAUUGCUGGCUAAUGGAUCCCAAAGGAUCCCUUUCCUGGAGAAUACUUCUGUUUCUCUCCCUGGCUUUUGAGUUGAGCUAUGGAACAGGUGGAGGUGUGAUGGAUUGCCCAGUGAUUCUCCAGAAGCUGGGACAGGACACGUGGCUGUCCCUGACAAAUGAACAUCAGAUAGAUAAGAGCGUGAACAAAAGUGUCCGCAUCCUCGUCACCAUGGCAACGUCCCCAGGAAGCAAAUCCAACAAGAAAAUUGUGUCUUUUGAUCUCUCUAAAGGGAGCUAUCCAGAUCACCUGGAGGAUGGCUACCACUUUCAAUCGAAAAACCUGAGCCUGAAGAUCCUCGGGAACAGGCGGGAGAGUGAAGGAUGGUACUUGGUGAGCGUGGAGGAGAACGUGUCUGUUCAGCAAUUCUGCAAGCAGCUGAAGCUUUAUGAGCAGGUCUCCACUCCAGAGAUUAAAGUGCUAAACAAAACCCAGGAGAACGAGAAUGGGACCUGCAGCUUGCUGUUGGCCUGCACAGUGAAGAAAGGGGAUCAUGUGACUUACAGCUGGAGUGAUGAGGCAGGCACCCACCUGCUGAGCCGAGCCAACCGCUCCCACCUCCUGCACAUCACUCUUGGCAACCAGCAUCAAGACAGCAUCUACAUCUGCACCGCAAGCAACCCUGUCAGCAGUCGCUCUAGGAUCUUCAACCUGUCAUCGCAAGCAUGCAAGCAGGAAUCCUCCUCAGAAUCGAGUCCAUUGAUACAAUAUACUCUUGUACCACUGGGGGUCGUUAUAAUCUUCAUCCUGGUUUUCACGGCAAUAAUAAUGAUGAAAAGACAAGGUAAACCAAAUCCCUGCCAGCCACCAGUGGAAGAAAAAAGCCUUACGAUUUAUGCCCAAGUACAGAAAUCAGGGUUUCAAGAGAAGAAACUUCAUGAUGCCCUAACAGAUCAGGACCCCUGCACAACCAUUUAUGUGGCUGCCACAGAGCCUGCCCCAGAGUCUGUCAAGGAACCAAACCCCACCACAGUUUAUGCCAGUGUGACACUGCCAGAGAGCUGACCCAUAGACCCAGUGAAAGGACUUUUUGAAGGAGGAUAGAAGAACCAAAAUCCACACUGAACUGGGCCCCAGGUCCCAAGUUCUCUGUGACAGAAACUGCACAUCUGUACCCUUCUCCAAUCAGUUCCCUGGUGACGGAUCUGCACAGGCAUGCCUGUGAAGUAGAUGAGAAGUGAAGCUUCCUGGGUAUGCAACCUGCUCUGCAGCUGACACAGACAGAGACAAGCAGAGAUCCCUUGGUACAGUGUACCAUCUUUGCUGUAGCAGAUAAUGUGAGUUUAGGCAUCUCACUCUUUGUUGGACUGGAUAACAGAACUCA